AUGCGCCAUACAGCUGCAAGUCCGCAUGAAAUCAAUGCCAGACCUGACAUUUGCAUCCUGGAGGAAGCCCCAGGCUCACUUGUCUGGGAAGCAGCAGACCCAGUACUUGUUGAGGCGCUUUGCGUAUUCGAGGUGGACGUUUGCAUCCCGGACGAAGCAGAUGAUGUCGUGCUAUCGGUACUGCUGCUGCUGAUACUGCCGGUGCUGCUGCUGCUGCUGCUGCUAGUGCUCUCCUCUGAGCUGGAUGUCGACUCAGUCGUAGUCGCGCUGGUAGAUGUGAAGUCGGAGGCAGAUGUCAAAGACGUCAAUCCCGUGGAUGGCAUUGGUCUCGUCAACAAGCUUGAUGCAGACGGAAGAGUCGAGCUUGAGCCUUUCGCACAAUACCCAUAUUUGCCAUUGUUCAUGCAAGUCUCUCCCUGCUCGCAGUAG